AGGGACGGGUAGCAGCACUGCACAUCACAGGAGCACAGUGACCACAAUCGCUCUCGGAUUGGUUGCAGUUAUUCCAUCACAAGAGAAGAAGCAAGCGAGAAUCCCAUCCCAUCCAUUUCUCCGGAUCCAUACACACACCGGCGCCAUGCCGCCGGCGGGAGAGGCCGCCGCCCCCUCGCCGCCGCCGCCGCGCCGCCUCGUCUUCGCCUUCUACCUCACCGGCCAUGGCUUCGGCCACGCCACCCGCGCCAUCGAGGUGGCGCGGCACCUGAUCGCGGCGGGCCACCAGGUGCACGUGGCCACGGCGGUGCCGGAGUUCGUCUUCACCGCCGAGCUGCGCUCCCCGGCCCUCCACAUCCGCAGGGCCGUCCUCGACUGCGGCGCCGUCCAGACCGACGCCCUCACCGUCGACCCCCUCGCCUCCCUCGACAAGUACCAUGAGACGGCGGUGGUGCCGCGCGAAUCCAUCCUGACGACCGAGGCUGAGUGGCUCACCUCCAUCAAGGCAGACCUAGUGAUCUCGGAUGUUGUUCCUAUGGCGUGCAGGGUGGCUGCAGAUGUUGGUAUUCCAUCGGCUUGCAUUGGGAAUUUUAGUUGGGACUACAUAUAUGCAGAAUAUAUUGUGGCAUCUGGCGAUCAUCACCGUUCUAUUGUCUGGCAGAUAGCGGAGGAUUAUGCUCAUUGUGAUCUCUUACUUCGACUACCUGGAUACUGCCCUAUGCUGGCUUUCCGUGAUGUCACUGAUGUGCCUCUUGUGGUAAGAGGACUGCGCAGAUCUAGACCAGAGGUGAGGAAGGAACUUGGAAUAGAAGCAAAUACGAAGGUGGUGGUUUUUAAUUUUGGGGGACAGCCAUCUGGAUGGAACCUGAAGCAAGAAUGGCUGCCUGAUGGCUGGAUCUGUUUGGUCUGUGGUGCAUCUGAUUCUCAAGAGGUUCCUCCAAACUUCAUUAAGCUUGCAAAAGAUGCUUACACACCUGAUGUUAUGGCAGCAUCUGACUGCAUGCUUGGGAAAAUUGGAUAUGGAACUGCAAGUGAGGCUUUGGCCUACAAGCUGCCAUUUAUCUUUGUCCGCAGAGAUUAUUUCAAUGAAGAGCCAUUUUUGCGGAAUUUACUUGAGCACUACCAGAACAGUAUCGAAAUGACCAGACGGGAUUUCCUUAAUGGGCACUGGAAACCUUAUCUCCUCCGUGCUCUUACACUUCAACCAUGCUAUGAUGGUGCAACCAAUGGCGGUGAGGUGGCUGCACGAAUCCUCCAGGACACUGCUGUUGGGAAGAAGUGUAUUUCUGACAAAUUUAAUGGAGCAAGACGAUUGCAAGAUGCCAUAGUGUUAGGUUAUCAACUACAAAGGGCUUCAGGGAGAGAUGUAGCAAUUCCUGACUGGUAUUCUCUUUCCGAGACAGAAGUUGGUGUCUGUCCAAUCUCAAGAAAAACUAAAACAAAAGAAAACACAGAAUCAUGUUUUGAAGACUUUGAGAUACUUCAUGGGGAUAUGCAAGGAUUACCAGACACCAUGGCCUUUUUGAAGAGCUUAUCUGAACUUAAUCAAAUUGAGUUAAAGAGUAACAAGAAGCAACCUGGAGAGAGAAUUGCUGCAUCUGUGCUCUUUGACUGGGAGGAGGAAAUGUAUAUAGCAAGGGCACCUGGUCGUUUAGAUGUCAUGGGUGGCAUUGCAGACUAUUCAGGAAGUCUAGUCUUGCAGCUGCCCCUUCGGGAAGCCUGUCAUGUUGCUGUACAGAGGAACCACCCAAGUAAUCAGAAGCUAUUGGAGCAUACACAAGCAAGACAGCUUGAGAAUGGAGGCACGGGACCUGUGGUACAAAUAGUAUCAUUUGGGUCUGAAUUGAGUAAUCGUUCACCAACUUUUGAUAUGAAUCUGUCAGAUUUGAUGGAUCGUGACAAGCCAAUAUCCUAUAAAAAUGCCAGAGAAUAUUUUUGUGGAAACCCUUCCCAGAAAUGGGCUGCUUAUGUUGCUGGAACAAUUCUGGUGUUGAUGACUGAGCUAGAUGUGAAGUUUAAUGACAGCAUGAGCAUUCUGGUUUCGUCUGAUGUGCCCGAAGGCAAAGGUGUUUCUUCUUCUGCAUCAGUGGAGGUUGCAACUAUGGCUGCCGUUGCAGCUGCCUAUGGUCUAAACAUUGCUCCAAGGGACCUCGCGUUGCUUUGUCAGAAGGUUGAGAAUCAUGUUGUCGGAGCUCCUUGCGGAGUAAUGGACCAAAUGACAUCUGCUUGUGGAGAAGCUAACAAACUCCUUGCAAUGGUUUGCCAGCCUGCAGAAGUGAAGGAAUUGGUUGCCAUUCCUACUCAUAUGCGGUUUUGGGGUCUGGACUCAGGGAUACGGCAUAGUGUCGGCGGGGGAGAUUAUGGAUCUGUAAGGGUAGGCACUUACAUGGGACGAAAGAUGAUCAAGUGUGCUGCAUCUGACUUAGCUUCAGAAUCUUCAAUCUCUGAUGCUCCUGUUCAAUCUAACGACUAUAAACAAAAUGCCAUAGAUCUACUAAAAUCUGAAGCUUCCCUGGAGUAUUUGUGCAACAUGCCACCUCACAGAUAUGAAGCUGUUUAUGCAAAAGAUAUUCCAGAGGUAAUUACUGGAGAUACAUUUUUGGAGAAAUAUGGAGAUCAUGAUGAUACAGUAACAUCAAUUGACCCUAAAAGAGAUUACAGCGUGAAGGCUCCUACCAGACAUCCCAUAUAUGAAAAUUUCCGAGUUGAGACCUUCAAAGCACUGUUAGAAGCAGCUAAUACCGAUGAGCAAUUGUCAGCCCUUGGAGAACUUAUGUACCAGUGCCACUACAGCUAUAACGCAUGUGGUCUUGGUUCUGAUGGGACUGAUCAUCUAGUUAAUCUGGUACAAGAAAUGCAGCACAGAAAGAUGUCACAAGGUGAAAGUCCAAGUCUAUUUGGUGCUAAGAUUACUGGCGGAGGUUCUGGCGGCUCAGUUUGCGUCAUGGGGAAAAACUGCCCCAAAAGCAGUGAAGAGAUUGUGGAGAUUCAGCAAAGGUACCAGGCAGCUACUGGCUACCUACCAAUCCUGUUCGACGGAUCAUCCCCAGGUGCUGGCAAAUUCGGCUAUCUGAAGAUCCGACGACGACGGUCGUCACCACUUGCUGCCAAAUGAAGACACUGGCUUUCAGUUUGUCGUGCAACUCUGUUGUCGAGGUGUUUCAUCGAGACAACCGUCGAUCGAAUCAUGCGUUAUCCUGUGAACUGCAGUCGUUCCUUCAUUGAUUCUAUCCCGUGGUAAAAAGCUCCUUUCUGGGGCACAGCCGUUGCAAUUUGUAGAUUUGUUAAACAGCUCCAUUUUGGGUCAGCCAAUUCGUGUGCUACCAGAUUCGUAUGCUGUUUCCAGUUUAUUCACCGGUCUAUUGAAACGGAUUAUAAAAAUGCGUUUUCUUGAAAAUGAACUUUUUUCUGUUAUAUUGCUUAGACCACUUAUUUGUUAAUUUAUGUUUCAAAAUAUCAAAUGUAUCCUUACAAAUAAAUUGAUAAUCUGCGGUUGUAAUAAUCUAAGUGAAAUAGAAACAAGGUGCAACGUUUUGAGACGAGUU